GAUAUGUCGUUUUCUGUAAAAACCGAUGAUACGAAGUAAAUGUCCAUCUGUAUUCUGUAAUGAGAGGGGACUUUCCUUUUCUGCAUCUGUCUUAUUACCUAUAGCUCCCUAGCUAUGGAAAUGGCACCCCACCAUAUAAAUGUUUGACGGUUGAGUGAUUGAUCUCGCCCAAGAUCUUUCAUUUCUAAAAAUAGGGGAAAGCGUGGCCUCGGCUGACUGGCUUUCAACUUUGCUCGAUGUCCAGACUGGAAUCUUGAAAAUGAAAAGUUUACCUGCUACAAUACAUGAGGUGGUAACACAAGAAAGAGUAAUUACAGAUCGGCUUAUCUUCAUCUUAUAUAUGCCAACAAUAUUAUCGAAGAUUCCUUCCUUCUAGUUGCUGCUCUUUGUUUCCAUAUACCUUACCUACAAACAAAGCUUCCUCCGAGUGCCUUUAUAUUCCUUCCUCUAGUCUUCAUUCUCUUUUCCAACUGUGAACAGUGUAUUCUUCAGUAUCAAGCAUUCACAACAGUCCCUAUAUUCUUUCAGUAUAUAUACAUUGCAAACUAUGGCUUUGUGCUCGGGACAUUGAAAGGGUGGUUGAACAUGGCCUAUAUGGAGGAUGAACAAAAUGAGGAUUAUCUUUUUAAGAUUGUUUUGAUUGGUGAUUCAGCUGUUGGUAAAUCUAAUUUGCUUGCUAGAUUUGCUAGAGAUGAGUUUUACCCUAAUUCAAAAUCUACUAUCGGAGUAGAAUUCCAGACCCAAAAGAUGAACAUCAGUGGUAAGGAAGUUAAGGCUCAGAUCUGGGACACAGCUGGGCAGGAGCGGUUUCGGGCUGUGACAUCUGCGUAUUAUAGAGGUGCAGUCGGAGCCCUCGUGGUGUAUGACAUCAGCAGACGCCAGACUUUUGAAAGUGUCAGCAGAUGGCUUAACGAACUCCAGACUCACUCGGACAUGAAUGUGGUGACGAUACUGGUGGGAAACAAGUCCGAUCUUAGAGAUGCACGAGAGGUGACAACUGGCGAAGGCAAGGCCUUGGCUGAGGCACGGGGUCUGUUCUUUGUAGAAACAUCAGCUCUAGCUUCGUCGAAUGUGGCUGCGGCCUUUGAGACGGUUGUGAGAGAAAUAUUUAGCAUUUUAAGUAGGAAAGUAAUGCAAUCUCAGGACCUGAACCAUAAAGGCGCCGGCUGGCUGGCAAAUGGGAAAACUGUAAUUUUACAGAAUAAUGAAAAGCAGGAAGCAGCAGAUGAAGGAACUAAAACAGGUUGGUGUUGUUCACAUUGAUUUUCAUUCUAUGGAAUCAUUAUAUUUAAAUUUCCAUGGUCGAAUUCUGAUCAUUUCACUCCAUCUCAAAAGCGUAGGCCUCUUAUUUGUGUACUGGAAAGUGUAUAUGACUUGGAGGGGUUAUGAAACUUUUUCAACUUUUUGGUUCAUAAGCCCCUUCUCUAAUUGUACUAUUAAUAUUGUGAAAAACAAUUUUAUUUUUAA